AUGGCGGCUGAACUGCGGCAUGCGCUCGAUUGGAUCCAAUCGCAGUCACGAUACUCAGACCUAGCCCUGGAAUCCUUUCUGUCGCAGCCAUAUUCCCUACUUUCGGAUGACAUUCUCUCAAACCCUCUCUUGGCUGUCACGAUUAAGGCCUGGAAGAUGGCUCGGGCCAGCAUGGGGCAAGCCCGCUAUGCUCCAUACACAUACCCCUGCUCCGGAACCCUGAGUUCCAGGACGGAUCCAGCACAUUCCCAUUCACAAUGUGGUCAAG